AUGGCUCAAUCUUACCGGCAAAAAUAUCAAUUGAUAGAAGCCAAUGAAUACAGUGGAAAAGCAGAAAAGUUAGCUAAGAAACUAGAAGAGGUCAAGAUUUCUUAUUGUUUCGAUAUCCAGGGCGACUGUAAACGACUUCAAAGUGAUUUUAAGGGUGCUUUGAGUGAUUACAACAAAUCACUUCAAAUAAAAUUAAAAUCGUUAGGGAGUGAACAUCUUGAUGUCUGUGAGUCCUAUCAUGACGUUGGCUUGGUCUACUACAAUCAAGGCAAGCAUGACGAGGCAUUAAAAGAAUACAAUAAAUCAUUAAGGAUUAAACUGAAAAUUCUUGAAAAUAAUGAUCCAAGUAUUGCUAAUACAUAUAACAACAUUGGUCUUGUCUAUAAUGAUCAAGGCAAGUAUGAUGACGCUCUAUCAAUGUAUAACAAGUCACUCAAGAUUAAUCUGACACAACUUGGCCACAAUCAUCUAAGUAUUGCUGAUACAUAUAACAACAUUGGUCUUGUCUAUGAUGAUCAAGGCAAGUAUGAUGACGCUCUAUCAAUGUAUAACAAGUCACUCAAGAUUCGACAAACACAACUUGGCGACAAUCAUCCAAGUAUUGCUGAUACAUAUAACAACAUUGCAAUUGUCUAUGCUAAUCAAGGCAAGUAUGAUGACGCUCUAUCAAUGUAUAAAAAGUCACUCAAGAUUAAUCUGACACAACUUGGCCACAAUCAUCUAAGUAUUGCUGAUACAUAUGACAACAUUGCAAAUGUCUAUAAAGAUCAAGGCAAGUAUGAUGACGCUCUAAAAAGGUAUAACAAGUCACUUAAGAUUAAACUGACACAACUUGGCGACAACCAUCCAAGUAUUGCUAAUACAUAUAACAACACUGCAACUGUCUAUCAUCGUCAAGGCAAGUAUGAUGACGCUCUAUCAAUGUAUAACAAGUCACUCGAGAUUAAACUGACACAACUUGGCGACAAUCAUCCAAGUAUUGCUGAUACAUAUCACAACAUUGCAAGUGUCUAUGAUGAUCAAGGCAAGUAUGAUGACGCUCUAUCAAUGUAUAACAAGUCACUCAAGAUUCGACAAACACAACUUGGCGACAAUCAUCCAAGUAUUGCUGAUACAUAUAACAACAUUGGUCGUGUCUAUCAUCAUCAAGGCAAGUAUGAUGACGCUCUAUCAAUGUAUAACAAGUCACUCAAGAUUAAACUAACACAACUUGGCGACAAUCAUCCAAGUAUUGCUGAUACAUAUAACAACAUUGCAAAUGUCUAUAAUCGUCAAGGUAAGUAUGAUGACGCUCUAUCCAUGUAUAAAAAGUCACUCAAGAUUGAACUGACACAACUUGGCGACAAUCAUCCAAGUAUUGAUGAUACAUAUCACAACAUUGCAAGUGUCUAUAAUCGUCAAGGCAAGUAUGAUGACGCUCUAUCAAUGUAUAACAAGUCACUCAAGAUUAAUCUGACACAACUUGGCGACAAUCAUCCAAGUAUUGCUACAAAAUAUUACAACAUUGCAAGUGUCUAUAGUGAUCACUUACACAGUGUUAAAAUCUAUAAGUUAAACUAUUGUCGUACAAUUUUAUGA